GUGGCUUGAAUGUGAUGUCAAUAAGUACGUCAGCUUGGCGCCAGUCUAAACUCAGUUGAGAAGUGAUGUGGUUGCCGUUGAUUACACUGUUGGCGUUGCCCUUUGUGACCAGUAAUGAAGACAAGUCGAAAAAUUUACUGGUGCUUUUGGAGAAUGUCUAUAUAAAGGAGACUCAUUCCACUUUUUUAAAUAUGUUAACAAAUAGAGGGUAUAAUUUGACUACAAAACUUGCUGAUGAACCAUCUAUUUCGCUAAAAUACCUUGGGGAAUAUUUAUACUCAGGCCUAAUAAUUUUGGCUCCAUCUGUCAGUGAGUUCGGAGGUGCUAUAAACGUCAAUGAGAUAACCAAUUUUGUUGACGAUGGAGGCAAUCUCGUUGUAGUUGCAGGCCCUAAUGUCGGCGAAUCUAUUAGACAGUUGGGAAGUGAAUGCGGGCUAGAGUUUGACGAGGAAAACACUUUUGUUAUAGACCACUUCAACUACGACAAAAAAGAUGACGGUUCACACUCUUUAAUCAACUUACCUGUCAGUAACCUGGUCAAAAGCAGUGUGAUAACUGGAGGGAAAGUUGGUGCACCUCUCUUAUAUCGUGGAAUAGGUAUUUCAGCUGAUCAAACUAACCCUUUAAUCAUUGAUGUCUUACAUGGAUCAAAAACUUCUUACAGCUAUAAUCCAGAUAAACCAGUUACAGAUUACCCAAAUACUGUCGGGAUAAACACUCAACUAAUAACAGCACUACAAGCAAGAAAUAACGCACGGGCAUUGUUCAUUGGUUCUUUAGAUUUUCUAUCAAAUUCAUUCUUUGAAUCUACCGUUGAAACAGAGUCUCAUAAGAGUGUUCUUUGUGGUAAUCAAAUGCUUACUGAUAAUUUGUUGCGAUGGGUUUUGGGUGAGCGUGGUCAGCUACGAUAUACGUACGUAAAACAUCACCGAGUGGGUGAAACUGUUCCACCUAACCAGUAUACAAUUUUGGAUGAUGUUAUUUACACCAUAAAGAUAGAAACAAAAGACGAUAAUGGAAACUGGAUUCCUUUCGAUGCAGACGAUGUUCAGUUGGAGUUUGUGCGAAUCGAUCCAUUUAUCAGGAAGAAAAUGGAGCACAAAGAUGGCGAAUACAAACUUGUUAUGAAAUUACCUGAUGUGUACGGGGUAUUCAAAUUUGUAGUUGAUUAUUAUCGCAUUGGGUAUACACAUCUGCUAAGUGUUAUACAAGUUCCAGUUCGUCCAUUUACUCAUACACAAUAUGAACGAUUCCUUGUAGCUGCUUAUCCUUAUUACACUAGUGCUAUAUCAAUGAUGGUUGGCCUAAUCUUAUUUAGUUUUAUAUUUUUGUAUCUUAAAGAUGAUAAAGAAAAGGGGGAAUAAUAAAAUACUCAAUGACUACACUUUGUGUGUGAUAUAUAUAUUUGUAUGUGUAUGUAUUUUCGACACUUUAUUUUCUUUUGUUAAACACAAUUCUACACGUUUGUAUCUUGUAUGAAAAUGAAAUCUAACUUUGCUCUUGUAUUGUGCAAAUUAGGUAUUUAUUUGUAGCCUGAUUUACAAUGACUCUUGCUUUGUUCAUCUCUGCUAUUCAUUUUCAAGUUUGUAUAAUAUAUUCAUGUGUUCUUGAACCAAAGCUUCUAUCGUAUUGUUUUGAAUUGUAUCAUGUGUGACGUUUUAUUUUGUUUUUUCAAUAAAUACUCUAUUUUGACCGAGUGAAA